UGGUAGUUCACUGGACACAGCCGCCAGUCUCCUCGCGUCGGUUUCGGAGAGAGAAGCUGUGGGUUUGCUGCUGAAUACGCUUUGCAAGAUCAAUGUCAGGCAACGGCAAAUACUUGGUGAUCACGCCUGAGGAGGUAGCGUAUGUCAGGAGGCAGUUGGGCACCAACGAGGAGGACAUCAAGACAGCUGUGACGUCACUGCGGGAGUGGCUCAGGAUGCAGCCACACUUACCUGACGCAGUAGACGACUCCCUCAUUGAGCGAAUGUACAUCAACUCCAAGUGCAGCAUGGAGAAGGUGAAACUGGGAUUAGACGCAUACUUCUCCCUCAAACACAGAUUUCCCGAGUUACUAAUGAACAGAAAUUUCGAAGGAAGCGACUUCCAGUUUGCAAAGAAGCACUUAAAAAUGAUGGUGAUGCCACGACUCACAAAGGAUGCAUAUCGCGUGCACGUCUGGACAGCAGUAGACGAAGACUCGACCAAUGUAAUUUGGCCCCUUUAUGGUAAGAUAUUGACCACCAGAUUGGAAAUUAUGUUGGCCGAAGACUACUCUCUUGGUGAUGUGGGCAUCAUCGACUUGGCCAACGUGAAUGCUGGACACAUCGUACGUGCAGACAUCAACCUCGUGCGCAAUAUGGAAGUCUGCUACCAGACUGCUUACCGCCGGCGAUUGAAAGGACUUCAUUUGGUGAAUGCAUCGAAGAUCAUACAUUCAGUCAUGAAAGUAGUGAAGAUGGCGCUAUCUGAAAAGUUGCAAAAGAGGGUGUUCGCGCACCUUCCAGGAUCGACGACUCUGUUCGACUACGUGGAGCCUGACUGCGUACCAGACGAGCUGGGAGGCACUGCUGGUCCUGCUGACAACUUUGCCUACAAACUUAGGGAGAUGGUCAACAGUGAGUGGCUGCUGGAGAAGGACAAGUACAUGUCAGACGAGAGCAAACGUCCCGCCGAUAACCACUAUGGCGACAUCUACGGCAUCGCGGGCUCAUUUAAAAAAUUGUCCGUGGACUGACGCACAGCCUUGUAUUGUAAGACAGGGAGACGUUCUUAUGAUACAUGUGUACAUAUUGUAUAGGAUUACGUGUAGCCAAAAACUGAAAUAAACUGCUCUCUACUAAA